AUGUUUGACAACUAUCAGCUCAAACUUGCCGAGUACUGGGAGAUUCUGAUACCGGAGUUCAACCGCCACUGUGUGACGAUGGCCGGGCCGCACUACGGCAUGAAGCUGGUCAAGUGGGAUCCCGAGAAAAGCCAUCGCUGGGAAAUCGUCGGGUACCAGAAAGCCCAUCAUGUUCUCUUCGCUCAGCGGGAGAUGAUGCGCUUCCUUCGGUUGAUGGUGAAGGCUCUCCUGGAUGAGAAUCAGUCGCUGGAUGUCACCGCAACACCUCUGGCAGGUGAUUGCGCGUCCGAGAACACGCCUGCCGCACCAGCCGCCUCCCCAAAGUGGGACCAGCUCGUCCAAAAUGGCUUCUUCAGCUUCGGCGUCUCUUCUACACAGUCGAUACGAGCGUCUGCAACACAGCCUUUCUCAGCGCCACCUUUGUUCGAUCCUCAGAGAACCUUGGAGUUGGUCGAGUCGAUGUAUCGCCAAUCAGGUGAUGAGCUCGAAAUGGCACAGACUGAUCCUGCUUACAUGCGAUACCUGGUUCGCGAAUUAGCAGUCACUCUGUACUUCGAGCGCACGGACUCCAAGAGCUGCUGGCAGACGUACGUCGAUGAGAUCAUCUGCAACUUGUUUCGACGAUACAUCUGGUGGCGCCAAACGUUGACAGAAUGCCGGAGGAUGGUCGAUUCGCACGAGGCGCACAAACGAGAGCCCAGCAGGGAGACCAGAAUGAGAUAUGAGCACGAUGUAUACGCCCUCUGGGGCGUGACCACCGAGCACUUGGUGCAACAGAUCUUGAUGGUUGAGUACAGCCUGCCCUUCCAACGUGGUUUCGAACGCAACUACGACUGGGGAAGUAUCAUCAAGGAAGAUGGCACUCGGGCCCCGACAAUCAAUGACGGAGAUGCCUUCCACACCGACAAGCUGUUCUGGAGCCUGAAAAGCUUAGGCUUUGACGACUACCGCGAAUUUACCAUGGCGCCAGCUUUCCACUUUCGCGUGCUGGACCAUCAUCUCCAACAUGCAAACCCGAAGGAGCGUAGCCGUCUCAGUGAUCAGCUCUUGCGCCAGGUCUCGGAGAUGGCUGUCCUCGACGAUAUUCGCAUCGACAUAACGUGCGAUCGAUCCUGGACUCGCGAACCAUCUGAGCCCGAAAUCGAGAUGCCUUUGCACCGUCGGGAAUUCAUAUCCGGAUACCAGCAGAACCUCCGUCUCCCGGACAUCAUCGCAAAGACCAAGGUGUCACAGCAUCUCCAGGCUUUCUACACGGAUCACCAGUGGCCGAAGGGCAAGAUGGACAGCACGUGGCUUGAGCGUGCCGUAGACUCUCGAAAGCACCUCACCAGGGUCUGGGCUGCCUUUCGCGGUGGUCUUAAGGCGCUACAACAGCGCAAUGGGUUUCCAUACGAGUUCAUUGACCAGGACUGGGCUGCGCUUUCUGCAGUCGAAAGCCCAGCGCAUCUCCAGGUUCUCGAGGAUGAAAAGCAGCUGUUCUCUGCGUACAUGGCCACGAAAAGCUCGCUUGCAUCGGAGAAUUUGAAGCCAUCACCACUGUCGUUCCAGACAUCGCUCCCAGACAGACCGCAGAAGUUCGUUGGCACCCCUGCUCGCUCAAAGAAGAAGACACGCAGAUCCGGCACCACCACCGAUGAGGCGGCAUCCCCGGAGGAAGAAUUCACUAUCUCCGUGGAGGAGACUACACCAACAACCACCACUGCUCAAGACGUCAACCCAUGCAUACCACUCAAGCCGGAGAAUCUCGCCCUGUUCGAUGCGAUGUUCUCAACAUACAAAGUGGAGGUCCGCAGCUACGCCUGGAAGCACUUCUUGCAAGCCAUGACCGAGGCUGGCUUCGCCGUGGUCCAAGGCAGCGGCAGCGCGGUGAGCUUCAAGAAAGAAGAUGGCGUGAUUGUGUUUCACAGGCCGCAUCCGGAGCCGACUAUUGAUCCGGUGAUGCUGAGCUCAAUGGGCAAGCGUUUGAAGAAGUGGUUUGGUUGGGGCAGUGGGACGUUUGUGGCUCUGGAUGAGGCCUUCGGGGCAGCAUAG